AUGAACACAGAGACACUGAACACAGCUCUGUACUUCUCAAACAGAGAUAAACUGUUGGUGAGCACUUCUCCUUCCCCAAGACAAUCCACCAUCAUCACAGCUGUAGCGUCAGCUUCAGUGUCACCCCUGGAAAGUCGCCCGCCUCUUUCCACCGCCUUGGCCGCUCGCUUCAGUCGCAUCGUUCUCAUUCUCGCAUCUCUCGCAUCCUCGCUUGACACAUCUACAUCAUUCGUGACAAAAUGCCUUUCCCCUGCUCCCACAACUUCAUCCCCUGAUACUGGACCACCAGGAAUACAGAUUACCCUCAUCUUAGUGCUUGGUCUGUGGUGA